CAUAUAAUGAAGAUAAACAAUAUCAACCCAUGUUCAAGAUCGUCUAUAAAUAUAACCUCUAUCUCACCAAGCCUUCCUUAACAUAUACACCUUUCACUCAGCGCCUUCAUUUGAGCCCAUUUCUCUGUCACUCUCUAAAGCCUCAGGGCUACUACUAGUUGUAGUACUACUAGCUCUACGUACUUUCUUCUAGUUUCCAUCUGAUCACUCCAAAUUAAACAUGGUUGCGUUGAGGUCUGUAGCGCUUCUUGUACUGUUUCUACUUGGUACGUUGGUUAUGGUAUCCGAAUGCCGAGUUGCGAGGAAGGACCUGGGAAUUGAUCUUGGUGGUGGUGGUGGUGGUGGUUUGGGAGUUGGAAUUGGAGCUGGGGUUGGCAUCGGCUUAGGAGGAGGAGGCAGUGGAUCAGGUGCUGGAGCAGGAUCCGGAUCUGGGUCCGGAUCCGGGUCAAGUUCGUCUUCAUCAUCUGGUUCCAGUUCAAGGUCUGGUUCUGGGUCUGGUGCAGGCUCUGAAGCUGGAUCUUAUGCCGGGUCUCAUGCUGGAUCCGGGUCUGGUGGUGCAGGCUCUGAAGCAGGUUCGGAAGCUGGGUCUCAUGCUGGUUCCCAUGCUGGGUCUCGAGGUGGGUCAGGUGGUGCAGGCUCGGAAGCUGGGUCUCAUGCUGGGUCUCGAGCUCGUUCUGGGUCUGGUGGUGCGCGUUCUGAGGCAGGUUCUGAAGCCGGGUCACGUGCUGGGUCUCGGGCAAUAUCAGGGUCGGGUUGAAGUGAAGGGAUUGGAGCAGGAUUUGGCAAAGGCUCUGUUGUUUGUGAAAUAAUUAAAUAAAUAAAGUAGACGUACCGUCAAAACUGUUUCGAGUCCUGCGUCUUGCAAUUCAAACCAAAUGGAUCAUAUAUUCAUGUCGUAUGCUUGCUUCACAGCUAGUUUGUUAAGUUCUCAAAGUUUAUAUUAGUAUUAAUUAAUUGUAUUGUCUACUCUAUUAGAAGAAUAAAUUUAAUAUAUUUAUAUCUCUUUCUUAA